AUGGCGGGAAACAAAUCUCGGUCAAUCAAGACUAUUUUGAGUUCGCCAGAUCUUAAGGACAACACUGAGCGUGAGCGACGGCGAUGUCGUUGCGCGCGUGAUGGCAAUGAGGGCGAGACGGACGGCCCAGACCUUGGAGUGGAACAAAUAUUCUCCAGUUCCCCGGCCCCAGAAGGCCAAUUGGUCAUUCCCGGAGAAACCACCUGUUCUUCUCUAUUCGUUGCGACCUCUUCUCCUCGAGUUCUUUAUAUUUUUUCAUAUUCCUUAAUCUUCGCCGAUAUGUCUGAGACUUUCCAAGAGCUUGCCGAUAUCCCUAAGGACUUCGUCCGGGAGGGUUCCCAAUUUGUUCGCCGCUGCACCAAGCCCGACAAGCGCGAAUUCAUCAAGAUCAGCCAGGCUGUUGGCAUGGGUUUCCUUGUCAUGGGAGCCAUUGGCUACUUCGUUAAGCUGAUCCACAUUCCCGUUAACCAAGUUCUGGUCGGUGGCGCCUAA